UGCAGCUUAAUAAAAAACAUCACAAACUGAGGUUUUUAUAGUUCCAACUCUCCUGAAAGUGUGAGAGAGCGGAUUACUUAUUAAAUUCUUCUGUAGAAUCUGUCAGCUUUAUACGUUUCAAGUUGCUAAGAUCUAAGGUUCCCUCAACAGAGCAAUCCAACCAGUUUGUUCUUCUUCUGUUGCUUGGUAAUUGCAGAUUCAUACAAGUUAUGAUGCUUAUUUAGAGUUGUAUAAAACAGAGAGGAACCCAAGUCCAUAUUUCUUCUUCAUUAUUACUUCUCAACCAAUAAAUUCAAUCACAGAAACAGAGGAACAGAGUUCGGGGGUCUUGUUUGAAUUCAAAGGUUUUAAGUACUUUGCAUAUUACAAUCAAUGGAUUGGGAGAUAAGCAAUCACCGGAAAAUUCUCUUCUUCUUCUUUUUCUUCUCAGCCUCAAUCAUUUCUCUCUAUGCUCUGUUCAGCACUAUCAACACCAAAACUGCACCUCUUGGUGUAACAAUCUCGGCUGAAACAAAAUCAGACUGUUAUCAUUUUAAUCAGCAACAACUUGGUGAUGAUGGUGUUGAUGAUGAGGAUCAGGUUCUGAUGAUUAAUGAUGAUGAGAUGAUAAUUGCAACUAAAUCUAUUGUGAUCAGAAGAAGUUUGUUGAUUACUUCAUUGGCGAGGAAAAGGUUAAGAGAUGGUGGUAGUAGGGUUAGAAGUAAGAAGGGGUUUAUGAUGAGUUUACCAGGUUCGUCGCCUCCUCGUUGUGCAUCGAAAUGUGGCAAGUGUAGGCCGUGUAAGCCGGUUCACGUUCCGGUUCCUCCUGGAACACCAGUUACAACAGAGUAUUAUCCGGAAGCUUGGAGGUGCAAAUGUGGGAACAAGUUAUACAUGCCAUAGUUUGGUAUAAUUGUUGAGCAUAUUUAGAUUUAGAGUAACUACUAGGUUUGCUUGAUCAGUAUGACCAAUCAUGUGAGACUGAUGCCUAUUUUAUUUGAAGUAUUGGGCAUAUAUGUGUGUGUGAUGACUUCUUUAUGGAAAUACAAAUAUAUUUUUUUCAUUUA